UCCUGAGAGGCGUGUCGACACACCUGAGCUUCUUUGCAGAACUGCACAGAAAAUGAGGCAGCAGGAGCAGCAGCUGACAUCUGUCAACAAGAGUUAUCAGUGCAGCUUUCAUCAGCUUCUAAUGAACCGAUCAGCAGCUGGAAAGUAGUCUGUGAAACGCGUAACUGCUGUGCUGCCACCUCGGUGACAUUAACAGGUAGAGAUGGCACAGAAGAGCACCACCAGAAAGACUCUGAAAAGUUUGUUCUCCAGGAGAGAAGUCAACGUGGACGAACCGGUGGAGCAGAAGGACAAGAAUGAAGGAGAGAAGAAGGUUUUUAAAUUCCUAAAGUUCAAGACAAAGAAGAAUGACCCUGUGAAGCCUGCUAAUGAGAACCAGCAGCUACUCAGUGCUGCUGAGCCCAGUAACACUGCCGAGGCUGGAGAGUCCUGGGCCGACAACAUCUCAGCGGACAAAAAGAGGUCUUCUCUCUAUGGCACCGCACCCAGGUCAAAGGACAAAGGAUUAAGCUACUCAGAGUUGGACCUCCGUAAGCCCAAAAGGUUUGCUACCUUCUCCUUUGGCUUCAGAAAGAGGAAAAAGGAUGAUGAAGAGAAUAUCUCUAAGAGCACCGUUGGCCUUCAUAGGUCUGGCAUUAAAGAGCAAGAGGAGGCUCCUCCGGACCUCAGUCAGAUGGAGUUGGAUCAGGCCAACACGAAGACGAGGUUCAGCAUGUCUCAACCGGAGCUUGACACCAGCGAUACAUUUGACAUCCCCUCUCCUCCCCCAAUGGCCACAAACCAGUCAGAAUCAUAUUCCACUCUCCCGAACCAGUCGCAGUCAUCUGAGGCCGUAAACACCCAACCAGAGGCGGCGGAGCCUCAGACGAACGGCUCUGUUCUUUCUGACGUAUACGAGGAACCGCAGAAAGCACCGUUGGCUACCAUCCCUGAGCUGCAGCUGGAUCAUUCAGACUCAUCAGAGGAGAAAGAGAACUAUCUUGUUCAUGAUGACUCCAAUGCGUCUGCAUCCACCACUCGUACAGAAACCACCUCAGCUGUCAACAAUCAGACCGUACCUAGCCUUCCAGCUAGCCAGCCUCCAACCGUUCUUGACACCUCAGAUCACAAAGCAGCGGUUGUUGACUUUGUCUCCACAAGCAAUGGUCCAAUCAAUAAUGACAUCCCCCAGCAGUCUGACACAAAAGCAGAAAUCGCUCUCACUGAAUCCACCAGAGUUGCAUUAUCACAUCAUGAACCCGAUGCCCCUGACGUAGCUGACGGUACAACUCAAAAUGGUAAACUCUCCCUGGCAAGUGUCGACUCCAAAAUUGACGGCGUUUCCACAAGCAACGGUCCGAUCGAUGAUGUCGUCCUCCAGCAGUCUGACACAAAAGCAAAAAUCGCUCUUACUGAAUCCACCAGAGUUGCAUUAUCACAUCAUGAACCCGAUGCCCCUGACGUAGCUGACGGUACAACUCAAAAUGGUAAACUCUCCCUGGCAAGUGUCAACUCCAAAAUUGACGGCGCAAUUACAGAGUCAACCCCUGUUCCUCACGCCUACGACACGGCUCUCAACUCUGCUUCUGUCCAUCAAGAAGUCUCAAUUUCUCGCACUGAGAGAUCUACUUCAGAAUCUGCCGAGAGUGUCACCACAACCUCGGCAGUUAGCGGUGAGAAGAGCGCUCGUCCUGUCAAUCAAGCUUCAGUUUAUGGAGCGUUGUAUGAUUCACUUUUCCCCCAGAGUUUUACCUCGGACGUAGUGUCAUCACUCUCAAACCCGCCGCCUCAGAUCCACACCGAGACAAGACAUCUCAACACCAAAUCAGAACCUGUCAUGGUUGUUAAUGAACGUCACACAGACACUAAUGCUGUAUACUCCAGAUUUACCUCUUACCAAACUUCUACUGCUUCUGAGCCUCAAAGAGACCCCGAUAUCUACAACAGAUAUCUACCUUCCUCUCUCAAUUCAGGUUACGAACCAGUUGACAGUUACAAAAUUCCUUACUCAGAUGUGAACCGCUCCACUUCCAGAUUUACGUUUUACCAAACUUCUACUGCUUCUGAGCCUCAAAGAGACCUGGAUAUCUACCGCAGAUAUCUACCUUCCUCUCUCAAUUCAGGUUCCGAAGCAGCUGAUGGUGAUAAAAUUCUUGACUCAGAGCUGACCCGCUCCCUUUCAGAGGUGAAACCAGACAGUUUUAGCCUCAUUAAAGACAAUGCCGGGUCAGUCCCUGCGGUUCAAAGCUCUGCCCCUCCCGCUUCUGAUGAUGCACCAUCCCAAGGGGAAGAUACUCAGGUUACGGACUCCAAACGGAGAGCGAUCCUAGUCAAAGAGUCAGUCACAGACGAGGCGGGCGACGAUCCCGCCUGUCCCUCUCCCGUGCCUGGAAAAAUGAGUGAAGAGAAGCGCAUUCAGAUAAGAAUUGAUACAAGCGAGACUUUUUUUGCUCCGUCUGGACAGACAGCUGAGCCUUUAAGUCCAGCGUAUCUGAGCGUGGGAUCAGAUGACGUGGAGGUCUAUUACAGUGCCGAAGAGGACAACGCAGAGGAGAGCGGGGUUGAAGUGAUACACACUGUGGAUGAAAGGGAAGAAAGUCGCGUGGUAGAUGGGGCGAAAGAGGCCGGGCUGCGUGAGGAGUUUCUACAGCAGGUGGAGGUUGCAGAAACGGAGAUAAGAAUGAGAAAUGAGGGAGAAUAUCGGGGGGUAAUUGUUAAAAUGCAGAGUGAGGGAGGCAAAAUGGGCAAUGAAGAUAGGAGAGAGGAUCUCAACAGCCGAAUUGAAGUGGAGCAACAAGCAGGAGGUCAGAGGUCAGUAGUGCAGGAGUUUAAAACAUCUGAGUUUCUUGUAGGCAAUGAUGCAAAGAGUCAAGAGAAAGUAGUACCUUUGCCACAGCUGAAAGAAGAGGCGGAGAAGGAGAGAAAAGAGGGAGAAUAUCGGGGGGUAAUUGUUAAAAUGCAGAAUGAGGUAGGCAAAAUGGGCGACGCAGAAGAAUACGAGGAUCUCAAUAGCAGAAUUGAAGUGGAGCAACAAAUAGGAGGUCAGAGGUCAGAAGUGCAGGAGUUUAAAAGGUCUGAGUUUCUUGUAGGCAAUGAUGCAGAGAGUCAGGAGAAAGAAGUAGCAACCACAGCAUUGCCAGAGGUGGAAGAAGAGGCGAAGGAGGAGAGAAAAGAGGGAGAAUAUCAGGGGGUAAUUGUUAAAAUGCAGAAUGACGGAGGCACAAUGAGCAAUGCAGAAGAGAAAAAGGAUCUCAAUAGCCGAACUGAAGUGGAGCAACAAAUAGGAGGUCAGAGGUCAGAAGUGCAGGAGUUUAAAACAUCUGAGUUUCUUGUAGGCAAUGAUGCAAAGACUCAGGAGAAAGAAAUAGCAACCACAGCAUUGCCACAGGUGAAAGAAGAGGCGGAGGAGGAGAGAAAAGAGGGGGAACCUGUCGCACCGGUUCAGCAGGUGAUGGCAUGCGUCUUUGCUCCACCCUCCAGUGGGUCGCAUGGGCUAGGGGAGGGGUCUGAGGGAAACUGGACCAAGGAAUUGGAAACAGAAGACCCCCCUAAUGGAGAGGAGCAACUCCCAAGUCAGGAGAUCCUAUAUCAGACUCACAAAGCCACUAUGAGUUCUGAAUACGUGCAUGCUUCUUCCAGCGACACAAGAGAAGAAGUCAUGAUCACACCCAGAUUUAGAGAAGUAGAAGAGCAAGUUUCCCCGACGGCAGAGGUAGACCAAAUAGGUGAAGCAAGCAAAGAAACCAGCAGCAGCACUGCAGCAAACACAGUCACAGAUCCGUCUGCUGGGGCAGAGGUUGUCACGGGAGCUUUGACACGCAGCGCUGAACCGCAAUCAGAUGCCGCAGAGAUCGAACACAAUAGGGCUCGACAGAGUAGUGAGUGGGUGGAUACAAUUACUCAGAGCACAGGCAAAACCAGGACGACGCACGAACAGGUGGCAGUCGAGCUGUCAGCCCCGACCGCAGACGCACGCAUACCUGAUCCGGAAGCUGCAGAGACACAAGCGGAGAGACACGAGCAUCCGGCAGAAGCACAACCUGACCUGGAUCAGGGGUCCCUGGCAACGUCAAGGACGCCCACAGCAGCUUCAGAAGUCCUCACUUCCAUAAAUCAGCCGCCUGAAGCCGACAAGGAAUCGGUUGACAAAAUGAAUUCAGGCUACAGCAGCCUAAGCACCAAACUGUCCUUAAAGAAUUCAUCUCCCCCUAAGGAGGAUGAAUCCAAAUCUCGUUUCCGUAAAGUGUCUCUGAUCAGUGAGACCAAUGCCGCUGAGGCCAGCCAGGAUGCAGUGGACUUUAGCAAAACGAGCACCACUGUCAGUGAAUCAAACGGAACAGAUAUCGCCUCAGAGUACAAAUGGAGGAAUAGAUUUGAUGGGGUUUCUCAGUAUAGACCAUACAAAAUAGAGGAUCCCUCCAUUUCUGAUUCUCCAAGUUACAGAAUGUCUGACACUUACUCCAGCACCACGUCUUUCUCCUCCUCCUCCUCCUCCUCCUCCUCCUCUGCUCUCCCCGAGGCCUCAGCAUACAAACACCUCAGCAGCUCCUCCCUCUCCUCCUCCCCUCCAGAGGAACACAUCACCCUAAGCAACAGGCUGAGUGACAUGACCAAAGUUUAUCAGAGCCACGAGAGCGAGCCAGCCGAAGCACCAAGCAAUGAGUGGAGGAGGAGUUUGCUGGAUCGGGAGGAGCCUGCUGCACCUGCAGGUGAAAGAGAGGCACAGAGAGAGGCAGAGUCAGAGAGGUUAGAGUCACGCUGGGACUCACAUCAGCUCCCCGUGUCAGGCUUCUCCUCGGCACAACAUCAAAGCAGCCGCGAAACCAUCUACAGUUUCCAAGAAGGAGACGACAACGACUCCCGUUUCACUGGGGUGUUCAAGGCCACACUGGUGGAGCUGGUCUCUGAACCUGCAGCCCUCCCCUCCACUCCCCCGGCCUCUCCUGACGCAGACUCCCCCAUCCAGUUUGACAUGGAUAGCCUGGUGGACACCCUGAAGAACAUGGGACCUUCCCUGAUGCCUAGGAGCUCGAGCCUGCGUGGGCCCCCUCCAGUCCUCAUGUCCUCCCUGGCACCAAUCGUGGAGGAUGCUGCCAGCCCCGUCACCCCCGACAUGCCUCACGCCUCCCUCAACAGUACCACAAAAAAGAUGGAAGCGAUGGGCAACCCUCCCGAGUCCCUCAAAGGACUUUACACUCUGCCCGGUGACCUGGGACUGAAGAGGAGUUCUGUCAGAGACACUCGUUCACCACUGGAGCUGAUGAAGCAGGGCCAGCAGGAUCACCAGCAGCAGCCUGGAACAAGAGGCCUGGCCUUGCCCCUGAGACCAUCUGCUAACAAUAGUUUUACAAUGAGAACAUCUUCUGACUCUUCUCCUGAGGAAUUGAAAUCCCCGGUGCUGAACGGAAACGGACUACUCCCGUCUCCCAACGCCGGCUCUCGCCUAGGCAACAGCAUCAUCUUUGGAAGCCACAGGUCAACAUCCAUAGAUCAGACUUUGGAGAAUGGAAAGGCCCAUCGCCCGCUCUUACGCACCGGCUCGCUGCCUGACACCGGCUUCUCGAACGAUCACAUGAGCGUAGGACUGAAGGAGUUGGGCGAGAAGGGCGCCGGGACGGAACCGGCGAUGUCCCGCUUCGAGCGCUUCUCCUUCCUUUUGAACUCCUCGCCGGGCUCCUUGACCGGGUCCGAAGACCCCAACGCCCGCAUGAGUCGGAGUCCCUUGAUGAGCAUGGGCUCGCCACCUUCCAGCAACAGUCCCACCCGCCUCCUCAGCCCCACCGGCUCCAUAGACCUCCAGAGGCCGUUCACCACCACGGACUCACCCUUAUCUAUGUUUGGCCAGUCGCAGGGGAUGGGGAUGGGCACCAUGGGACUCCAGCAGAAUUCAAUGUUCAACAGCGUGCGCGGAGGGUCUCAGUUCCAGAGCCAAGAAGUCGAGCAUGAGAGGAGUUUAGUGUCCAAAUACAGGGCCUUCCCCGAUGCUUAUCUCACUAAAGAGAAGGAACAUGGGAAGCUCAAUCCUCGUCCUGGAAAGAUGUAUAUCUUCGACCGGCCAGAAAUGUGCGGCCAGAGGAUCGAGGUGCGCAGUGAUGUCAUCGACGCCACGCCCUGGGAGCUGCAGGAGACCAUCUCCAUCAGGGUGGUCAGAGGAGGAUGGGUGAUGUAUGAAAAGCCUAACUUCAAAGGGGAGAAGAUCGCUCUGGACGAAGGCGACAUAGAGCUCACCUGCCCCUUCAGCCCUCCAGAAGAAGAGCAGCAGCAGCUGCAGAACGGACAGAAAGAGGCCGGAGAGCAGAACGGAGUCCAGAACGGAGAAACAAGUGAUGAGCAGACAGAGACCACCAAGCCGGCCAGGAAGACCGUCAUCGGGUCUAUUAGAAGAGCUGUCAGGGACUACAGCGUCCCAGAAAUCAGUCUCUUCCCAGAGGAGAACGCAGAAGGGAAGAAGGUCGUCUUCAGAGAUACGUCUGAAGACGCCAGGAUUUUUGGCUUCCCCAUCAAGGCGAACUCUAUCAUCAUUAACGCUGGACUGUGGCUCGUGUACGCUCAUCCCUUCUUCCAGGGCAUUCCACGUGUCCUGGAGGUGGGGGGGUACACCAACCCUGCAGCCUGGGGAGUGGAACAGCCCUAUGUGGGAUCAGUACAUCCACUUAAAGUGGGUGAACCAAGAGUGGAAAAUAUGAGUGAGCCAAAGAUGAUGCUCUACGAAAAGCCGUACUUCACUGGGAAAUCCAGGAUCAUAACCACCAACAUGAGGGACUUCAUGACCAGAGCAGACCGGCAGCAGACGGCCUUCAUGUACAACGUCGGCUCCCUUAAAGUGCAGGGAGGAAUGUGGGUGGGCUACGAGAAGGAGGGCUUCCGAGGCCACCAGUACCUGCUGGAGGAGGGGGAGUACCACGACUGGAGGGUGUGGGGAGGCCGCGAUGCUGAGCUGCGCUCCGUCAGGGUCAUCCGAGCAGACCUGACGGAGCCCAUGAUGGUGAUGUUUGAGCAGCCAGAAGAAGAGGGCGUCGAGGAGGAGAACACCUUCGAGGUGACGGAGGCCAUCGCUGACGUCGAGCUGUUUGAGUACAAGACCUCCACGCGCUCCAUCCACGUACUCAGCGGGGCAUGGAUAGCUUACUCCCAUGUGGACUACUCUGGUAACCAGUACAUCCUAGAGAAAGGUUUCUAUAAUAACUGUGCUGACUGGGGUUCUCAGGACACUCGCAUCUGCUCGGUGCAGCCCGUCCUGCUGGCUCCAAGUGAAAACUCCAGGAGCAGGAAUGAGAUAAUACUGUACUCUGAGCCAGACUUCCAGGGCGAGUGUCACGUCUUCGACCGCAACCAGGAAGGCGUACCAGGAAAAUUACUGACCAAGUCCUGCCGAGUGUCGGGGGGAAGCUGGGUGCUCUACGAGAAUAAACAGUACUCUGGGGACUUGUAUGUCUUGUCUGACGGAGACUACCCCAAUUUAACCAGCAUGGGAUGUCCACCCAAAUGCACCAUCGGUUCUUUCAAGGUCGUGCCACUGACCUUCUCAGUUCCCUCCAUCUCGCUGUUUGGCCUCGAGUGUCUGGAGGGCAGAGAGAUCACUAUGGACACAGAAAUCCACAGCAUGGUUGAAGAGGGCUUCAACAACCACAUCCUGUCCGUCAGAGUCAACAGCGGCUGUUGGGUGAUAUGUGAACACAGCAACUACAGGGGGCGCCAGUUCCUACUGGAACCGAUUGAAAUCACCAACUGGCCGAAGUUUAGCUCAAUACAGACUAUUGGCUCAAUGUUCCCAGUCAGACAGAAGCGCCGCUUUUUACGCAUCAAGAACAAAGAGAGCGGUCACUUCAUGUCCAUCCAGGGCGGCGUGGAGGAGAUGAAGUCAGGACGAGUGGUGGCGUCACCAGAAGUGGAGCCCAUGAGUGACAUCUGGUUCUAUCAGGACGGCUUCAUCAAGAGCAAGUUGUCACCAACCAUGAGCCUCCAGGUGAUGGGCAACAUAGAGCCGGCAGCUAAAGUGGUUCUAUGGCAAGAGACCCGGCAGCCUAUCCAGACCUGGACGGCCCAGAUGAGAGGCCUCAUCACCAGCCUUACUUUCCCCGGCUGCGUCCUGGAUGUCAAAGGUGGCAAAACGUACGACAAGGACCAUGUGGUGAUUAUGCCGGAGAAUGAUGAGAGGCCGAGCCAACAGUGGGCGAUAGAGCUGCUGUAAGCUGCUAUGAAAACCUCAUGUUUCCCUUCGCUAAGCUUUCCUCAACUGUGCUUCUCUCUACAACUCCAGAAUAUCCCGUAAAUAUUCCGGGAACAACUGCCACUGCUUUUUUUUUUUUUUCAAACUCCAUGAUCCAUGUAACUAGUAUGAACAUCACGACAGUAAGAAUGCAAAGCUGCACCAGACAGUGUAAUGCUUUGCAGAGAUUUGUGUUGUGUUGUCAUCUGUAUGCGAGGACCACUGUACAAAAAAGACAAUUGUUAAGUGCCUUGACCUGCUGCAGCGACUGGGUUCAUCACAUGAGUUAAAAAGCAAUUCCUAUUCAGUGUCUUUGACUUUGACCUUUAUCGAGUGUUAUCAUGUGUCAACAAUUUGAGUAUUCAAACUAGAAUCUCCCUGUUGGUAGGAGUUGAGGCUCAUGAUAAUCCCCUGACUGUCAAAGCACCUGAUGUUUUUAUAUCUUUGUUUACAAUGGAGCAAACCAAGUUUCCAUUUCUGGUUUUCGUGGAGUGAACAGCAAGUGGCCUAGAUAGUGGACAAAUGAAGCCAAACCAAUGUGUAGUGUGCAAGAAAUGUAUGCUAUGCAUUUUUUAAGGUAUUUUUUUUUUAAUAUGUACUGUAUGUAUCAAUGUUUGUUUUGUGGGAAAUGUUGCACUUUUGUAUGCAGUAUAUCACAUUGAAUUGUGCAGUGCGAUGAAAUGGGUUUUAUGUGUGCAGUUACCCUGUUUCUUGUUAUACUUUUGUUAUAAUUGUUACAUGAAAAUGUAUGUUGUCUGCAUCAUCUGUAUGUUAAUAUUUGAUACUAAAGAUGUCAGAUGUGUGUGUAAGAGGGAGUGGUUUUAAAAUAUUGAAUAAAAACAUAAACAUUGCUAAAUAAAACAAAGCUGACUAAUGAA